GGUCGGACGGGUUACAGUGAGGGAGUUGGGCGGCGGGGUGGUUCUCCCGCCACCAAGGCCGUCUUGAAGUCCUGCCACGGAACUGAAGCCCAACUCUCAGUCUCAGAGCGAGCGCAUGUGGCGAGAUGUUGAUGGUCAUUGAAUCGAUCUAACCAGUGCUGCUGUUCUGUGAUUAAUGUGGAGACCAGGCCAUGGUAGAUGGCUCCCACCUCCGCCAUGGACGAGGUCACCUUCAAAAGCGACACCGUGCUCUCAGACGUCCACCUCUACACCCCCAGCCAGAGACACCUCAUGGUGCGGCUGAACAGCAUGGGGCAGCCUGUUUUUCUGUCCCAUUUCAAGCUUGUGUGGAGCCAAGAUUCUCAGAUAGACUCGGGGACUGAGGGUGGUGAUUACGGAGAUGUUCCCCCAGAGGAGACUCCGGUUGGGACGGGCAGCACCGGGUCCCCUGCUGGGAGUAGCUGCAGCAGUGAGGGUUUUUCCCUCCAGGCCAGCACUGACGCCACUGGCCAGGAAGGGGCGGGAGCUCAGCUAGAUGAAGAUGGGGAUUUGGACGUCGUAAGAAGACCGCGAGCUGCCUCUGACCCUGAGCCUGCAUGGCGUCUGAGAGACAAGGUACAUCCCAUGAUUCUAACACAGGAAGAAGAUGAUGUCCCGGGAGAUGAAGCACAAGAGAACAGCACCCACGAUGUCAUUAAAAUAGAACACACCAUGGCCACGCCCCUGGAUGAUGUUGGCAAGCAGGUGUGGCGGGGUGCCCUGUUCCUGGCUGACUACAUCCUGUUCCAAUGGGACCUUUUCCAGGGUCGCACUGUGCUGGAGCUUGGGGCAGGCACAGGGUUCGCCAGCAUCAUUGCAGCCACCGUGGCGCAGACUGUGUACUGUACAGAUGUCGGUGCAGAUCUCUUGGCCAUGUGCCAGCGAAACAUUGCCCUCAACAGCCACCUGACUACCUCUGGAGGCAGUGUAGUUAAGGUCAGAGAACUGGACUGGCUGAAAGACAACCUCUGCACAGAUCCUGAAGUCCCCUUCAGCUGGUCAGAAGAGGACAUCUCUGACCUGUACAGCCACACCACCAUACUGCUCGCAGCUGAAGUGUUUUACGAUGACGACUUAACUGAUGCUCUGUUUAAAACACUCUCCUGGCUCGCUCACAAGUUAAAAAACGCCUGCAUAGCUAUUCUCUCUGUGGAAAAGAGGCUGAACUUCACGCUGAGUCACCUGGAUGUCACGUGUGAAGCCUAUGACCACUUCCGCUCCUCCCUGCACCAGCUGGAGAAGCUCGAGGACAGCCAGCUACGCUUUACGGUGGAGCCAGUGGAAGCCUCCUUCCCGCAGUACCUCGUGUAUGAGCGCAUCCGGCAGCUGGAGCUGUGGAAGAUCUUUGUGGAACCAGUAACAUGACCAUCACGUCUGCAAGCCCGGCUUCUUGACUGUUCGGAUCGGUUCUAAUAAAAUCAAGGGC